UGCACAACCACUCAAGAAGCCUGGAGGAUUUUGGAAAGACAGUUUGAAGGUACAAACGCGGUAAAAACCUCAAGGCUCCAAAGAGUUUCUACGGAACUAGACGAGAUUCGCAUGAGGGAUGAUGAGAAUAUUGACAUGUACUAUGCUCGGUUCUGCGAUUUAGUAAACCAAAGCGCAAUGCUUGGUGAACCGGUUUCUGAGGCAAGACAAGUGCAGAAGUUAAUGAGAACCUUACCGGAUAGGUUUGGAAUUAAGAUUACAGCAUUGGAGAGUUUUCAGAAAAUUCAAAAGCUGGGCAUUGAUGAUCUUCUGGGUGAGUUGCGUACCUUUGAAAUAAAUCAUGGAUUUGACUCGAUGAAGAUAGGGAAAGGAAAAGGCUUAGCUCUAAUAGCCAAGGUUCGUACACCUGUGUUGGAAGAGGAAGAUUCAGAUGAUGAAUCUUUCAAUGCUGAAGAGAUUAUAAAAGCCCUUGCCUUUCUUACUAAAAAUGCCUCAAAGCUGAAGAAAUUACAGAAGAUAAGGUUUCAAGGAAACAAGCCCUCUGAAGGUGGUAAGAACACUUCUCAGCAACUUGGUGAGCGAGGUUCCAGCGUACAACAGUACAAGAAACUGAAAGGUAAAGUGGGUGAACCAAGCACGUCUCUGAGUAAGUCCUCUCUAACUUUUGUGAAAGAAGGUUCCAACUCUGAUGGUAAGGUUGAUCAGGUUUCUGUGAAAGAACACCGUAAAUGUUUUGUGAAGAAUUUCAUUCCUACUUGUCAUUAUUGUGGAGUUGUUGGUCAUAUUCGUCCUAGAUGCUAUAGGAUGCUUAAUGAUUUGCAUGCAGGAAGAAUAAAUGACUGGAACCCCGCUGGUGUUCCAAUGAAAACACCAAAACUGAAGGUUGAUGUAAAGAACCAUAAGCAACAAAAAAUUUGGGUUCCCAAAAAGAAUCAUACUUGUCUUUCAUCUCUAUUUGCUUCAAAAUCCACUUUUUAUUGUGAUUGGUAUUUUGAUAAUGGAUGUUCUAGGCACAUGACGGGUGUUAAAUCGAAUUUGAUUGAUGUUGUGCAUGUGUCUAAUGGUUCUGGUUCUGUCACUUUUGGUAAUGGUGUUAGUAAUAAGGUAGUAGGAAUUGGAUGUUUGAACAUGCCUGGUCUUCCUAAACUUGAUAAUGUUUUGUUGGUUGAGAAUUUGAAUGUCAAUUUGCUGAGUGUGAGUCAGUUAUGUGAUCAAGGCUUCUCUGUAAGCAACUGCCAGGGUUACCUGGUAAGCUUAGUUGAGGAUUCUCAGAAAGCGCGGACACCUCAUGAUGUUCCUAUUGUUCGCGAGUUUGUGGACGUAUUCCCAGACGAGCUUCCAGGAGGACCGCCCAAUCGUCAGGUGGAGUUUUCUAUCGAUCUUAUCCCAGGGGCCGGUCCAGUAUCCAAAGCCCCAUAUCGCAUGGCGCCUAAAGAGUUACAGGAGCUUAAGACUCAGAUUCAGGAGCUAUUACGACUCGGUUUUAUCAGACCGAGUGUGUCACCGUGGGGAGCACCCGUUCUCUUUGUCAAAAAUAAGGACGGAUCUAUGCGUAUGUGUAUCGACUACCGGGAUCUCAACCGGUUGACGAUCAAGAAUAAGUACCCGCUUCCCAGGAUCGACGACUUAUUUGAUCAGUUGAGGGGAGCCUGUGUAUUUUCGAAGAUUGAUAUACGAUCAGGCUACCACCAGCUGAAGAUUAAGGAGUCAGACAUCGCUAAGACCGCUUUCAGGACUCGUUACGGCCAUUACGAGUUUGUGGUCAUGCCUUUCGGUCUCAGCAAUGCGCCAGCAGUCUUUAUGGACCUCAUGAACCGUAUCUUUCAUCCAUACCUCGAUCAGUUUGUUAUUUUCUUUAUUGACAAUAUUCUCAUCUAUUCGAAGGGUCAGAAGGAGCAUGAGGAGCAUCUGAGGGUGGUUCUCGAAACCCUCAGACGAGAGAAGUUGUACGCUAAAUUCUCCAAAUGUGAGUUCUGGCUUCAGCGAGUAUCCUUUCUGGGUCAUGUUAUUACCCAGGCAGGCAUCGAGGUGGAUCCUUCUAAAGUUUCAGCCGUGCAGAACUGGUCGACACCGAGGAGUCCGUCCGAGGUUCGCAGUUUUCUCGGAUUAGCUGGUUACUAUCGCAGGUUUAUCGAGGGCUUCUCUAAGAUUGCCCUCCCUCUUUCCCAGCUGACGAGGAAGUCUGUGAAGUUCGAAUGGACUGACAGAUGUGAGGCGAGCUUUCAGGAGCUCAAGAGGAGAUUGACUACAGCACCGGUGUUGACUAUCCCCGAUCCUUCUCGGAGUUUCACUAUCUUCAGCGAUGCUUCGAGACAGGGCUUGGGAUGUGUCCUUAUGCAGGACGGACGGGUCGUUGCGUAUGCUUCACGUCAGCUUAAGCCUCAUGAGCAGAACUAUCCUACGCACAACUUGGAGCUAGCAGCAGUCGUUCACGCCCUGAAGAUCUGGCGUCAUUAUCUUUACGGUGGACGCUGCGAGAUAUUCACAGACCAUAAGAGCCUGCAGUACAUCUUCACGCAGAAGGAGCUUAAUAUGAGGCAGCGCCGUUGGCUCGAAUUGGUCAAGGAUUAUGAUUGUUCUAUCCAGUACCAUCCGGGGAAGGCGAACGUCGUCGCAGAUGCCCUAAGCCGAAAGGUGAAGGGUGACUUGACGUACGUCAUUACGCAGCAGAGUCCAUUAAUUCACGAGUUUGCCCAGAUGCAGCUUCAGGCGAUCGAUGCACUCCCC